AUGGCUUUACAGUUCAGAUACCAACAACAUAAUAGGAUUGUAGAUAAGAGUGAUCCUAAUCAUGCUGAAGAUGAUGAUGACGAAGAAGAUGUUGGUAUUUUCACAAAUAGAGCCACUAUAAUGGCUAACUUCGAAGAAUGGAUCAAAUUGGCAACUGACAAUAAAAUUACUUCCAAAAAUAGUUGGAAUUUUGCCCUUAUUGAUUAUUUCCAUGAUUUAAAUGUUUUAAAAGAUGAUGAAAACGGCAAUAUUAAUUUCCAAAGAGCAUCUGCCACCUUAGAUGGCUGUGUCAAAAUAUAUUCUUCAAGGGUAGAUUCAGUUGCUACUGAAACUGGAAAAUUAUUAACUGGAUUAGCAACGGACAAGAAUAAAAAUGUUGAGAGUAAUGAUCAUCGCGUUAAUAAUGGCCCGAACCAUAAUGGUGCUGAGGAUGGGAAUACUAAUAUUACCGAUAAUACAGCUGUACAAAAUGGUGAUGUAGUUAUCGACCCUGUCACUGGUUUACCAGUCAAUUCAGUAGCAGAAGAGAUUGGUAAAAGGAGGAGAAACUAUAAUAGAAUUUUAGAGACUACAUUGACGGAGUUUGACAAUAUUAAAUUAAAGGAAUUGGAUAAAGAACUAAGAAUAGAUCCUUUGUUUAAGAAGGCGUUAUCGGAAUUUGAUGAAGGUGGUUCUAAAAGUUUAUUGUUAAGCACUUUAAAUGUAGAUGAUAAUAUUAGAGUUAUUUUCGAUGCUAUAGGUACAUCGGUUUUUGAAGAAAAAGAUAUACGGGGAAAAAAUAUGACAGGAGAAGGGGAAAAAACAAAAACUGUUGAAAAUAAUAUUAUAAAAAGCGCAGAGAAUUUAAUCAAUGAGCAUGAUGAAGACAAUAAUAGUAUAUUAGAUUCUAUUAGCGAUCCCCUAGACAGCGAUGAUGAUAAAGAGAGUAGUAGCGCCAACGAUCAAAAUAUAUCUCAACUUUCAUCGGCUUAUAAUAUUUCUCGAGAUAAUUUUCAACAAACUGAUGAUGAUAUUCUUGCGUUAGGUAGCAAAAUUAUAACAAAUUUAAAUUUUAAAAAUUUAUGUCCUUCGAUGGAAGAAGUUAGAACUGUUGUCAAAGAUGUAUCCAAGGCCAAAGAACUAUUAAAGGAUGUGAAUGGAAAAUUUGAAAAUUUUCUAACAGAUCAAGACUUAGAAGAUGUAGCUUUAAAUGAUAUUGGUAUUCAAGAUGUUAAUAUUGAUCCUCGCACUGCAAUGGAUGAUUAUGAUAGCUAUGAUAAUGAUAAUGAUGAUGAAUCUGAUAGAAAUCCAUCACAUGACAUUUAUGAGUUUGAGGAAAAUAUCGUUAAUAAAAGCAACAAUUUACUAGUAGAGCAUAGUAAUGAGUCAAAUAUUAGUGAUAUUACCAAUACUAUGAGUGUUAUUAGUGAUGAAGGAAUAAGCGCUGUUUUAGAUAUGGAUGCGUUAAGCUACUUUGAUGAUAAUUUGAAAAAGAGUUGGAGAGGUCGAGAUCAUUGGAAAGUUACAAAUUGGAAAAAAUUUAACACCAAUACUAGCAAUGAUAAUAACAAUACUACUGCUGACGCUAGUACCACUGCUGCUGCUGCUGCUACUACUACCACUACUACUACCACCACCACCAAUAAUAAUAAUGUUGGUGAUCAUAGCGAUGACGAUAAUUCAUCUCCAAUAAUUGAUAAAAAACAAAUUGAUUUUUUUGAUUUCUCAACUAAUCCAGAGGAUAUAAUAUUUGAAUCCAGAAAAAAAUCUAGAAUUGAUAUGCCGCUAAAAGAUCGUGAAAAUGAAACACAUUAUUUAUUACCAAAUGAUUUCCAUUUUACCGCAGAUAAAAUUACGAGGCUAUUUAUCAAACCUACUGUGCGAAUGGCCUUUAUAUCUAAAAGAGAAAAUUUGAAAAAGCUUUCUAAAGGUGGUUACAAAUCUAUUCAAAGUACUAAUAAUACUACUACUAAUAAUAAUAUUGUUAAUAAUAAUGAUUUAAACAAUAAUGAUGUACCAAAUAUUGCUGACGAAAAUUUCUGGGCCAAAAAUUAUGAUAUAAACGAAACUGUGGAGAAUGCAUCACUAAAUGGUGACUUAUUACCUGAUAACGAUAAUAGUGACAACGAAAACAAUGACGACAUCAUUGGUUUUGAUUUUAAUGAUGCAUUUGGGGAUGAGGAUAAAUUGGAUAGUGCACAAGAACCAAUUGAUUUAAAAGUUCCUAAUUUAUCUGAACAAAUGGAAAAUUCUAAUGGAAUGAAUAUUGCUCAUACAGCAACAUCAUUACCCUUACGAAAUCCUACUGAAUUUAACAAUAAAAUGACUUAUUCUAGGGUUUCUAAAAGAGUUGACGUUAAAAAAUUAAAGGAUAAUAUCUGGGCUACUAUUCAAAUGAACCUAGUUAAUACUAAGAACAGUAAAGAAGUUAGUGAAUCUUUUCAUGACGAGUUAUUAUUGACAGAUGAAGUAGAUACUACAGUACAAGAUUUAAAUUUUUCGGAUGUUGUAAGUCAAGUAACUAAUAUGUAUGGUGAAUCAGCAAGAAAAGAUCUAUCCACCAGUUUUUUUUUUAUCUGCUUACUUCAUUUGGCUAAUGAACAUGGUUUUAAAAUACAGAAUGUUGAAAAUUACGAGGAUUUAAUUAUAAGAUUUCAACAGUGA